CAUAGUGUCUCCUCUUUUUCCCCUUUAUCUUCUGCUGCAGGGUUUGUGUGGGUUUGUGCGAGGAGCUCGCUGCUGUGCUGGGAUGGGUCGUGUUAUUAGGGCGCAGAGGAAGGGAGCUGGCUCCAUAUUCCGGAGCCACACCCACCGACGCAAGGGCCCUGCCCAGUUCCGGUCUCUGGACUACGCCGAGCGCAAUGGCUACAUCAAGGGCGUCGUGUCUGAGGUGGUGCACGACUCCGGGCGCGGGGCUCCGCUUUGCAAGGUGACGUUCCGCCACCCCUUCCGCUUCAAACGUCAGAAGGAGCGGUUCAUUGCCGCCGAGGGCAUGUACUCCGGGCAAUUCGUGUACUGCGGCAAGAAGGCCACUUUGUCGAUCGGGAACGUGCUGCCUUUGAGGUCUGUGCCCGAGGGUGCCGUGGUGUGCAACGUGGAGCACCGCAUGGGAGAUCGGGGCGCGUUCGCGAGGGCGUCCGGUGACUACGCCAUCGUGGUGUCGCACAAUGUCGACAGCGGAACCACCCGCAUCAAGUUGCCGUCGGGAGCCAAGAAGGUGGUGCCGAGCGGGUGCCGAGCCAUGGUCGGGCAGGUCGCCGGCGGAGGCAGAACCGAGAAGCCGAUGCUGAAGGCCGGAAACGCGUACCACAAGUACAAGGUGAAGAGGAACAGCUGGCCUAAGGUGAGAGGUGUGGCGAUGAACCCCGUGGAGCAUCCCCACGGAGGAGGUAAUCACCAGCACAUUGGUCACGCGAGUACGGUUCGGCGGGACGCUCCUCCCGGGCAGAAGGUGGGUCUCAUUGCUGCCAGGCGGACGGGACGUCUGCGUGGUCAAGCCGCGACGGCGGCGUCGAAGGUGGACAAGGCGUAGAGGGAUGGCGGUGGUAGGGGGCGAGCGGUUGGGAAGUCCCAGCGGCGAUAGAGAGGGCGUGGUGCGGGGGAGAGACGCGAACGAGAGAGACGAUGCUGCGUAUGUGAUGUGUGUGGACUUGUGGAUCAAUGGAAUGGCGAAGGCCGAUAUUCGAGUAAA